AUGGCAUUUUCAUUCAUACUUAUGUUGCAGUUCUUGCUUCUUGCCCCAACUUUGAUCUCUCCUUCUCCAGUUCAAGAUCCUGAAUCAGUGGUCCAGGAAGUACAGAAGAGCAUCAAUGAGCAAAGGAGAAAUUUGGGUUUCUAUUCUUGUGGAACUGGCAACCCCAUUGAUGAUUGUUGGAGAUGUGACCCCAACUGGGAAAGGAACCGCAAGAGUCUAGCCGAUUGUGCUAUUGGGUUUGGCAAAAAUGCCAUUGGUGGCAGAGAUGGCAAAGUAUAUAUGGUCACUGACCCAAAUGAUCACCCUUUGAACCCAGAGCCAGGUACUCUAAGAUUUGGUGUUAUCCAAGAAGAGCCUUUGUGGAUCAUUUUCAAACAUGACAUGGUUAUCAAGCUAGACAUGGAUCUUCUUAUGAAUUCUUACAAAACCAUUGAUGGACGAGGAACAAAUGUCCACAUUGCUGGAGGGCCUUGCAUUAAAGUACAACACAAGACCAACAUCAUAAUUCAUGGCUUGCACAUCCAUGAUUGCAAACGAGGUGGCAGUGGCUACGUGAGUGACUCUCCUAGCCAUCGUAGAUGGAGAUCAAGAUCGGAUGGUGAUGGGGUAACAAUCUUUGGUGGGAGCCAUGUUUGGGUGGACCAUUGCUCCUUAUCAAAUUGUUAUGAUGGCCUAAUUGAUGUUGUUCAUGGGUCAACGGCUAUCACUAUUUCCAACAAUUACAUGACACACCAUAACAAAGUUAUGCUAUUGGGCCACAGUGAUUCCUAUAAAGGGGACAAGAAUAUGCAAGUUACCAUAGCCUUCAACCAUUUUGGAGAAGGACUUGGAGGAAGAAUGCCAAGAUGCAGGUAUGGAUACUUCCAUGUGGUGAAUAAUGAUUACACCCAUUGGCAACAUUACGCAAUAGGUGGGAGUUCAUCCCCAACUAUUUUCAGCCAAGGCAACAGAUUUCUUGCUCCAGAUGAUGAAUACCACAAAGAGGUCACCAAACACUUUCGUUCAUCAGAUAGUAUGUGGAAGAAAUGGAAUUGGAGGUCUGAAGGAGAUUUAAUGUUGAAUGGUGCCUUCUUCACACCAUCUGGAGCUGGAGCAUCUUCUAUGUAUGAUAAGGCAUCAAGCAUGGCAGCACGACCACCUACACUUGUUCCUUCAAUAACAGAAGGAGCUGGAGUGCUUAGAUGCGUAAAGGGCUACCUCUGCUAG